GCGCGUGCAUCUUGACGCUCCUCCCUGUUGCUGCUGAGCGCGCGCGGCGAAGCGCUCGAGCCGUCCGUGUAUUUGCCAGCGCUCCUCACCAGUCCCCCCACGCCGCGGGUCCGGUCGGACUCUGCUGUGACACCACACCUUCUACGUCUCCCCCCGUGGAAGAUGGAGGCCGCCGGCUAGAUUCAACUUCAGGCUCGGUUCGGCUUUCUUCUUCUUUCCCUCCUCAUCUGCGCAGCGCGCUGAUUCGUUGCCCAGAAAUGACGGAGGUGGAGCCAGUGCUGGACUUCGCGUCUUCUGGGCGCUCGGGGAGGAGAAAUGCCCUGCCUGACAUCCUGGGGUCUCCAGCAGGUGUGAACCCCACUGACUUGCCUCUAAAGCUGGCUGAGCUGAACCUGGAAGAUGGUCCAGGAGGCGCUCAGUCCCCCUCGGCUGAGGAGCCUCCAGCCCCACCGGAGAGUUCGGAGGGGAAGGAGGGAUCGUAGAGGCUUGCUUAUUUCCGUCCCCAGCGAUAACCUGAGACACGAGAUGAGGAACGAGUGGAGAUCUGCAGAGAGUCAGUCUGGUGCAAAGCAGCUGAGCCACUGAGGGGAGCAACUCCACCAGAAUGCCAGCCGGGACAUUUAGCGCUACCUGAAAAGAGCCGGACGUCGCUCAGUUCGGAACUACGAGUGUGUUUCUGUGUACAGGCAGAGAAUUAAAGGGACAAUGACAGAUUCUCCUCUGUACUCUACUAUUUUUCUAUGGUUUAUUUAAAACUAAAGAACCUGCGAACGUUGUAACUGACCUUUUCCUUUCAUUCCCUGCUGUUUUUUUAAAUGAUGUGUGUCACUGAACAUAGUGAGAGGCUGACGUCAGCCUGUAGUGGCUUGAAGCUCGUUAAUCCAACCUCAAAGCCGUACGUAACUUCAGGAAAUUGGGAAUUGUGUUGUCCUGCUCACUGAUGCUUUUAUCUACCGUCUGUAAUUGAAUCAGAAGCUUAUCUACUCUGCAGUUGUACAGUUUGUACCCUUCAUGAUCAGACUGUUUUGACGUCCAGGGAGCCAGUACAUUUUUUAGGUGUGCUUAUGGUGCAAUGUGAUGAAAAUGGAGUCCUUCCAUAUGUGGAGUCCUUAUCUUGAGACAUUCCUGUAGAGAAUAGUGUCCCACUCUCUGCUUUAAUAAGAUUCUGAGAAAAACUUAGAUUUGCUUUUGAUUUUUCUAAAAUGAAAGCUGCUUUGAAAAGCCUGGUCAUCUAAACGUGCCUGGUGGCGGUUUAAACUGAAAAUGUGAGUCGUGUUAGCUGUCAGGUCUUCUAACUUUGGGCUACAGAUUUAAUAGGGGGUCAUUUCUGCCGCUCGGACUGUAGAUUGAAGAAACCCCUCAUUCUGCACCCAGUCUGGGAAAACUCUCUGUUUUGUGUCAACUUCCAGCUUUGUAAUACAAAUUGUUAUGACAUAUGGCUGAUGCCCGGACACACAAGCCAGCAUCGAACAUCUCCACCAUCGUGUAAAAAACGGCAGCACGCUCGCCUUCUGCUUCUCCACCCGGAGAAAAGUCUGUUCACACCCAUUAGCACAUGGCGGAGCUGCGAAUGGGCGACCGGAUGGAGAUGAAGGAACAAUGGCGACAAUGCACGCUUUGCCAGCCACCUCCCCACACAGACUGUAGUACAACCCGGUCGUGUUGCUGUGACCAGACUGUUUGCAUACUGUACCCUGACAGAAAUGAUGUUCUGUGAUUGUCUCUGUUUGAAGAUGUGUUGCCGUGUCUUUCUAUGGAUGUGUUUCCCAAAUGCAGCAAGGGAGGCCUGGAGGCGCUGCAGCCUCAUCCUCAUGCUGUAAUUCUGGUGAAGUUCUCAUGCUCCACACUUUCAAUCAGAGGUGUAUUUUGUAGUGUCCUGAUCUCUUUAGUGGUUCAUAUAUUUUACUUCUCUGGGCUGAAUCCUUUAUCCUGAUUCUGUCUGGUAGUGAAAUUUGUCAGAAUAAAUCCAAAAGCUUUACAUA